AUGGAGCCUACGGCACUAAAAAUAUCAAUUCCUCGAGAUAUAAUUUUUGAUAUAUUCUCGACCCUUCCUGUCAAGUCGUUAAUGCGUUUUAAAUCCGUUUCCAAAUUUUAUAAUUCUCUGGUAUGUGAAUCAGUUUUUGUGGAUAUACAUCAAUGUCGUAGUAGGAGUAGAAUCAAAUACAUUGUGCGCCAACGUGCAAAGUUGUACACUAUAGAGGCAAUGGAAGAAGGAAAAGUCUCUCCUCUUCAUAUUGAUAAUUUUUGUGAAAAACUCUUCUACAACUAUAUAAUGUGCGUUAAUGGUUUGUUUUGCUGCUCGAUGCGGAACGUGGACGGUGUUGCAAUUUGCAAUCCUAGUACGAAAGUUGUAAGAUCUCUUCCCCGAUUGAAAGAAUGUCCUAAAAUUGAUUAUGCUGAGUAUUUCUGUUCAAUGGGUUUUGAUCCAGAAGAAAAGACGUAUAAAGUGUUGAUGACAAUUAACGGAUUUACAAAGCCUACAAGAAAUUGGGUUUUUACUUUAGGUAGAGACGAAGAAUCAUGGAGAGAGAUUAAAGGUAUUACUGAUUUUGUUGGUAAGAAUGCAGUUUGCGUUAGUGGAGUUAUCUAUAUUUUGAGUUACAGUAUGCCUAAUAUAUUCGUAUUAGGAUUUGAUGUUAAAAGUGAAAAUUUCAGAAUUAUCACAUUGUGGAAUUCCUUAGAUGAACACAUAGGUGGGAGUUAUUAUAACAUAUUAAAAGUGAAUGGGAAAUUAGCAAUCCUUGAUAAGAAAAUUUGGUACAUGGAAGGCAAUUUUGAUCUGUGGAUUUUAGGAAAAGAAGAAUGGGAGAAACAUAUGAUUGAAAUUCCAGCAGCAAGUCCAGAAUUUAAACGACUAACAUUUUGCGGAACUUGUGACGGAGAGAUUUUAUUCACCAACAAGCUUGCGUCAGGUCAAUUCAUCUGUUUAUGUUACAAUGUCAUGGAAAAGAGAUGGAGAAAUUUUGAAAUCCAAGGGUUUUCAGAACAGAGUUCGAUCAACGAAAUUUAUUGUUAUGAUGAAAGCCUCUUUCCAGUUGAAAGAAUAUGCAAUUUGUUUCUCAAUUAA